CUUCCUAAAUGCGAGAGCUGGAUCUCGUCCCUCUUGGGCUUGGCAAGGUAUCCUUGAAGGGAAGAACCUCCUUAAAAAGGGCAUGCGAUGGCAAGUGGGAUCAGGGUCCUCAAUAUACAUCCUAUAGGAUCCGUGGAUACCUUCAGAUCCACCCUCAUACCCAAUCUUGAAGACAGGUAUGACCUUAGAAGGUCCAGUAGUUGCCUACCUUAUCGAUCCAAUAAUGUUUACUUGGAACUCUAACAAGAUUCGAUCUUUAUUCUACCCAGCUUCUGCCGAACUAAUUCUGUCCAUACCUCUUCCCUCAUAUCCUAGGGAAGAUAGACUCAUAUGGCACUAUGAUAAAUCUGGUCAAUAUACAGUGAAAUCGGGGUACCACCUUUUAACAAAUGAAAUUAACUCAUUUCAUAUCAGUAUACCAGACUACUUGGACACAAAAUUUUGGAAAUCAUUAUGGAGUAUACCAGUGCCACCAAAACUGAAAUUCUUCCUUUGGAGGAUAGUUCGGGGGUUCCUUCCUGUUCGCAAAACUCUACAAAUUCAAAAAUUGACUACUUCGUGCGAAUGUCCAGUGUGUUGUGAACCAACCGAGGACAUUAAUCAUUGCUUUUUUGAAUGUAGGAUUACAAAAGAGUUAUGGAUCAUGGCUGGAUUGGAACAUCGUAGAAACUCAAUACGCUCCCUCCAACCAGAUCUGGCAUGGAAAAAUCUAUUAUGUGCUACUCACAUCUCCAAGAUUGAGAUUGCCGAUACGGUUUUCCUAUUCUGGCGAAUCUGGAAAGGAAGAUGCAAAGCUACUUAUGCUUUAGUAUUACUUCAAGCUCGAGUUUUGUUCAGACAACUAACAGCGCAUAUAGAGGAAUGGCGAACGGCGGAGGGACAGAAAGCUCGGCAACCCACAGGUGCUCAGAGAUCAUCGGCGAACCCUAACAAUCAAAUAGGAUCUCGAAGGAGUCAUCCAGAUGCCAUAUGCCCUAAUAAUGGUAUCCUUGUGAGAUUUGACGAAACCAUGAAGAAAAACCAAGGAGGCUCAAUCGGAUUUGCAGGAUUCUCGAGAGACGGUACGUUAUCCUUUGCUUUUGGUAAAUAUUAUGAAGGUAUUUCGGAGGCUUACAUUUCCGAGCUUCUAGCUCUUAGAGAUGCUAUGAGAUGGUGCUUAACACAUAACUUUUUGGUGGUUGCAUUUUGUGGAGAUGCUCAACUGGUUAUCAAGCACGCUAUGGCAAAGAACGCUUCUCAUUCUCGAGCAGGGGCUGUCUUGGAGGAAGUUCACUCCUUUUUCUCCCUUUUUGAGUCAGUGUCGUGUCUUUUUGCUCCUCGGAGCUUUAACAGAGCUGCCCAUGUAGUGGCUAAUCAGGCUCUCUCAUCGGGAAUCCGCUUGCUUACGGAUUACCGUCCUUUUUGGAAGCUACUUGUACCUGAGUCGAGUCUUUGUCCCAUGCCCUCUAGGCUUGCCUUGGAAAAAAAAUCAUACAUUCAUAGUGUUUUCUUCAUUCAAAGUGAAUUGUGAUUAUUGGUUAUUCUUGACAUAGUUUACUUUUCUUUUUUGCUAUAGAUAUUGUCAUGAUAAGUAUGAAUAUAUAACCUUUGCAUAUACAUACUACACUCGUCAAUCAACAAUUCUAUACUUUAUAUUUGAGCUAAAUGCUAAUAUGCAAGAUCUAAGAGAAAACAACACCUUUACAAACUCAUUUAUAGUAUAUUUAUCUUGUUUUACAUUGUCUUUUAUAUUAGUUUCGGUUCAUAUUUGGUUUUAUGAUUUGUUUUGGUUUCAAUUGACUCUAACAAACUCAAAGCACCUCAAUCUCAAACAAUUUUCCAAAAGAACGUAGCUUUCACUUUAAUAUAGUGGGAUUUGAAAGACCAUGUGGGAAUAUGAUAUUGGUAGUCUUCGUACCUACCAGUUCUUCUAUAUCUAGGACAAGAAGUUCUCUCAACUAAUGAUGAUAAUAAGAAAAAUUUAUAUAGUUAACCACUUGCCAACGGUUCCUAUUAUAAGGCAACUUCAUCUUUAUCAUUGACAACAAUAUCACCCAAAAAAAUUAAGACCAUGUACUAAGUUGUGUGUUUAACCUUUAAUCUCUCUGAUUUUGUCUUCCACAAAUAAGAUUCAGCGGCUCCCUACCACCCAACACUGACCUUUUCCUCCAAUAUAUAAAUGUAAGCCUAACUUUAAAUGAAUUUUCCUCUAGCUAGACCCAAAAAUACUGUCUCUUGUCUGUAGAUUUCUCUCCUCUCUGUCUCUCUCAAUCUCAUCUCUGUGUGUGUGUGUGUGUGUGUGAGAGAGAGAGAGAGAGAGAGAGAGAGAGAGAGAGAAAGAGAGGGGAGAAAUCUUGACAUAGGGGAAAAAAUAUAUCAGUAUUGUUAUUGCUCUUAUCAAUGUUGUAACAAUACGGUUUCAAAAAGUUCAUCAGAGCAACAAUAAUUAGAGGUUAAAGAAGAACAUCCAACACAUUCUGGAUUUGAAUAUUGUUGGAAAGAUUGACGAGAAGCGAGAAGGGAAACCGAGCAGUUUCUGAAUGGACAUGACACCUCCGCCCCCAAGGUCACCACCAUCUGCACAUCUACCAUCGCCACUGGGGCACCAUGACCACCAUCAUGUGAGGCGCCCGGCGGCGUUGGCACCUCCUCCUCCUCCUCCUCCGAAGCGGCAGCGAGACAUCAAUUCCUUGAAGGUGUGGUGGAAUUCACCGAAUUCUAAGAGGAAGAGGAGGGUGGCGAGGUACAAGCUUUACGCCAUGGAGGGGAAGGUGAAGUCUUCUUUGAAGAAGAGUUGUCGUUGGGUCAAGCAAACUUGCUCGAGAAUCAUCUCUGGCUUCUAAUGAUGAUCAAUUGUUAUUUUCUUACCAAUUCAAUGUGGUUAUCUAUACUAAGUAUAUGAUCAAUUUUCCUAUCUAUGAAUUUGUUCGGGGAGGUUUUUAACAAGAAGUCAUAGAGGAAACAUAGAUGGAUUAAUGUGCAUAUACUGUAUCUCCGAUUUAUCCAGUAAUGAUAAUACACAUUUUGGGUUGUGCAAUGGAUCAUGAGCUCUCACCAUCAUAUAUAUAUAUAUAACUGCUUUAUUUGUGAGUUCAAUCUAUAAUGUUACAAAUAAGUUAUAACGAGGUGGGAAACACUCUAUGUCUCGUUAACCCUUACCGAUAUUUGGAUAGAAUUUAUAUUGGAUCGUCUAUUCUUCGAUUUAGUUUCAUUUCAAGUAUCCUUUCAAAAUACAGUUAAAAUCAAACU